UUGCGAGCACGUGAGGAGGGUACGCUCCGCCCACCUCCACAGCCCCGCGGUGGGCGGGUCCCCCACGCAGCGCGGAGGCGUGAUGCUGCCGGGAUUUAUUUAUGAGUCACACUGGCUUCAGCUCGGGUAGAGGAGAUGGGGCGCGGGUAGGGGCGAGGACGGGGAUGCAGACCGAGCGCAUGGUGAGGGGGAAUGGAUGAACCCACUUAUGGGACUUAACAAAAGCAAAGACUCGCCAGGAGAGCUAGAAGAGACAGGAGGAAAAAAAUUUUGGAACCCAAGAUUUUACAAAGAUGCAUCCAAUGGUUCAGUUAAUAAAUCCAAGAAGAAUCCUGACAGACCUGGGGAGAGACAAUCAACAAGUAAAACAAGCUCCCGCCCUAGCACAAUUUCCACUGCUUCCAGCAGUUAUGGUGGACAUUUGAAAACAAGUGUGAAAUCUUCACGUCAUGUUAAUAAAUCUGCUCGGGUUUCUGAUUCAAGAGAUAGAAGGGGUGAGUCGAAAGCAUUUCUUAUUCCCAAAAUUGUUGUGACUCGAGCUUCCACCGAGACAAUUCAUACUCUAUCACCAGACGACGAUGUGCAAAAGACCAUAAAGGACCAGACUGACUACGGUCCCUACUACCGGCACAGGAGCCCCAGCACUGUGGAGGCGUACACUAAAAGUAAGCCUGACGGUCCAAAACAUAAAUCACUCCUGUAGUGAUCCUCUGAGAUGCCUUCUUCGGAAACUAGCUGAAGCUUUUCUGCCUCUUCUCUGGCAAGUAACCUCCGCCUCGCUUCUCCCAGUGCCACGAGCAGUUUGGAGGAGACCAGGAAUGACUCCUUAGAAAAUGAACUGGGAAGCUUUGUUAAAUAAACUCAAAUAAAUAAAUGAAUUUUGAAAAUUGA